AAUAUUCUCCUGCCCGCCCCUUUUACAUCAUGUGAGCUAAAGGUGGUUUGUUGUUGUCCUGUCAGUUCCUUCUCUAAAACGCCAAACAUCACGGUACAAUGGAAUCAAAGGAUGGGACACUGUAUGCAGACUGAAAGCAGACCAGUACCAGAUGACCUCAGAGGUCGAGGUGGUUCAUAAACCCGCAGGCCCCUCGGCAGAUAUACAAAGAAGUCUGGAUGAAGACUCGAUGGUGGACGGACCUCUGAUCUCCGCUGACGCCCUUUACUCUGCCAUCAGGAGAGAGUUUCAGACUGUACCUACACCCUACCAUGCGGGCCUCCUCUCUGUACUGCAUGUUGUGUAUGUAGUGUUGUCCGUGUGUUUAGCAGUGCUGUGUGUGUUGAAAGCUGGCCAAGAGGAGGUGUGCACAAGUAUUUUGGGUAAAGUGCAUGGCGACAGCGUCAUUGUGUUUGGGAAGGUGGCUUUAUGGGCGCUGGUGCUGUUGUUCACCGGGUGUGUGCAGCAUCACCACAGCCGGGCCAGAAGCAGAGGAUACCUGCGGUUCUACAGACAGAUGCAGGGACUGAAGCACCUGCCACUCACAGUGCACUCUUCAGGAAACGUUCUGCUGCUGGUUGUGCUGGCUGCAGGAUUAUCUCCUAAUGUGCUCACUUACAUGCUGCUCAGCAUUCUGGGGCUGGAGGUCCUGGUGGCAGUGCCAUGUCUGCUCUAUUACACAGUGAAGGUGAUGCGGUUCAACAGAGAGCGCGCAGCACCAGAUGUGAGCCAGGAAGAGCAUUCACGAAACUUCAGCGUCACAAGCAUGCCGACUGAGACCGGCUUCAGGGAGUGCUCCAGUCUGGAGGAGGUUGUGGAAAAGCAGGCCGACCUGAUUGAAUACCUGAAACAGCACAACACCUUACUGAGCAAACGGCUGCUCAACCUCACCUCUCAGCACUGACCUCCUCCACCUCUUCCUCCAACCUGUGAUCCAGCAGCCACAGAAGCCAAACACAAAAGAGAAGGGAUCUGUUGGUAUGAAAGAGAGGACUGAAACUUGAAGAAACACUGGAUAAAGAGACUUGAAAGUAAGAGAAUCCCUGUGCACUCCAGCACCUGUGCGCACACACUUGAAGACAGGAUGGAAAGAUAACGCUGGAGGAGGUGAGCUGUAAGUGGAGGGCAGUUAAAGAGGGGAGGCAGGAGGAGGAGGAGAAGGAGGGGAGUCGUGGGUCACAGAUCAGAGGUGAGGGGUUUUUAUCACUGUGUUAUGACCCUCAGUGACCCACGUUUGCUGCUGUUUGUGUUACUGUGAGAGAAACAGAGGGGGUAACAAUGUUUUAGAGAUCAUCUGCACUAAAGGAGGAACUGAGAGAGGAGAGAUUAGAGGGGGGUUGCGCUUAUCAGGGUCCAACGAGAGAGGGAGAGGAGGUCGAUUAAUGCUGUAAAAUGUCCGCAAGUGCUUUUUUAUUUGUCUGGUAUGUGUUAUUGAUUCAUUUGGUAGUGGUUUUCUAUUUUUUCAAUCAUCAAGGUUGUGUAUUUGUGGUCUGAUUACAAUAAAUCUUUAAUAUUCUCAGUU